UAUCCAUAGUUGACGCAAAAAAGAAGAAAUCUUUAUUUACAGAGCGAAAUUGGUGAAUUUCUCAUUUUAUAUAUUUGAGUGAUUUAAUUAAAUGGUGUUGAGGUGCUGAGAAUCUGAAAAAAAAAAAAGCUUCCUCUCGCUCGCAACGAGAACAGCUUUUGCUCGAUCGAGCGGCGUUGUCUUUCACUAAUCCAGUUGCCAUGGCGGAGCCAUCUUCGUCUUUGUCGUCAUCCAAGGACGAGCUGAUUCAGCUCAUCAAGCGUCUCGGAACUUAUCUGGCCCACAAGAUGUCAAAUCUCUUCUCGAUCUCGUUACACAAACUGGAUCCACGAUCUGUUGGGGCUAUUGCAGGGCUUGCUGUUGCAAUUAUCUUUACCUAUAGGUUUAUGAGAUCACCUGCAGCACCCCCAGGAAGGCAACCCAAACGUCAAACUCCAUCAACUAGUAGCUCUUCUAUCAGUACCCAGUCAAAUGCAACAUUGACGCCGUCUGGAGUUUGUUCACCUUCAGAGGAUUUAAGAGCACAAAAUGUUGUUGAUGAGUUCUUCCAUCCAGUAAAGCCAACAUUAGGGCAAAUAAUUAGGCAGAAACUGAGUGAAGGUAGGAAGGUAACAUGCCGUUUGGUUGGAGUUAUCCUUGAGGAAAGCAGUCCAGAGGAGCUGCAGAAACAAGCAACAGUGAGGUCCUCUGUGUUGGAUGUGCUAUUGGAGAUAACCAAAUUUUGCGAUCUUUAUCUCAUGGAAAGAGUUAUUGAUGAUGAAAGUGAAAAAAAUGUGCUUCUGGCCUUGGAAAAUGCUGGAAUUUUCACCUCUGGUGGUAUGGUAAAGGACAAGGUUCUCUUUUGCAGCACAGAAAAUGGACGGACAUCUUUUGUUCGGCAACUAGAACCGGAUUGGCAUAUUGACACAAAUCCCGAAAUACUUUCUCAGUUAGCUGUAUAUUUUUUUUCCUGCCAUAAUCUUUGUCACGAUGCUUAUGUUCUGAUAUUAGAUUCCGGAGUCAUUCUCGUCACAAUGCCAAUGAUUUUGAGAGUUCUUUUCUUCUUCUUCGCAGAGGUUCAUCAAAUAUCAACUCCACAUUUCUCCUGUCGGAUCUGAAAGGACUGCAGCAAAUGUCUUCAGCUCUCCAUCCUUGGAGCACUUCUUCGGAUGCGCUCGACUCUCUUGAACCGGUAAAAAGAUGCAAAUAUGUUUUACCCUUUGAUCUUUACGUGCGACCCUUUUCCGUUACAGCCCGUCCCGAUGUUUUUCUUUCUCUAGGCACCCUUGUGCCGAUAUGUCGAGUCUUUUAGGAUAACAUUUGUGACAUAGGGUUCAACAUUCAAACUUUUUUCGUUUGAACCGGAUAAACUCGAUGCAUCAAUUAAUGUCUGUAAUCUUGAUAGUUGAAGGAUAUGCAAUGCAAUCUUAAAGAAUAAAUUUGUUGCUUCA